GGCGUAGUGUGCCGCCAAAAGUCAGGGAUCCUCAAUUACCCAACACAUAAACCGUUGCCGGGCGGCUUCGAAACAGCCGACUUUCUUCAGCACACCCCAGCCGAAUGCCGCAAUGUCUUGGGUACGCUGAGAAACGGCGUCCGACAAAAGAACCUCAGAUCCCAGACACUCCGGCACACGGAUGCGUUGUCGCGACAGGUUACUGACGGUGGAGUGCACACAACGUGACACCUAGAUGAAUGAGACGCUUGGCUGCGGGCAGCUUCAUUGGGUGUGUAUCACCAGAGUAGGAAAGGUUGACUGGGACCCGGACGUAUUCUCGACCAUCUAUCGCAUUCGAAAUACCACGUCUUUCGCGCUCUCCGUCGCUUGUUUCAGCGCUUCGCCUGUCCCAGAAUCCCGUACAAUAUCUUCGCGCACUUGCCGACCGGCGAAGCUGUUAUGGCAUCGACGCAGUGACUGGCACUGCUCGCGGAACCAUGACGCCGUACAAGCCCAAAACGUCGCCGACGCUCCAGCUUCAGGUGUCGCGUUCACUUCCCCCAGCAAUCGGGCAUCCGGGUCUUCGAGUCCAACCACCGCAUACUUCGCAGUCGUGCCCACGCGCUUCCGUAACACGGUGCUCCGUUCGACUGGGCGGGAGACAAUAGGGCUGGCUGUCCAGGCGGUGCACCGUAAACAUUCGUGGUUACAGUCAAGAGCAACUUGGACACCACAGGUUUUCGCCCAGCAGCUGUCGAGCGACCUUUCAGAGGGCCCCUACCGUACUGGUGGCCGCACCAUAUCGAUCGGCAACGAAGCGAGAAGGUCCAUACCGAAGGCGCCAUUGUUAGACUACACCGCAGUGCUGGCAGCUAGCCGGUAUUGGAGCCGUAGAUCUUCGUAGUAGCGACCACCAUGUCGUCGUCUCAGCAAGCAGCCCCGAACGCCAAUGCAGUGCCAGACACGGAGCUCGGGUUAACAGAGGACCAGAUCCAGUUGUUACAACAUGGCCAGCAAGCAGUGGCGGCGGCGGCAGCGGGGUCGACCUCGUCACGC